AUGGCGGCACUUGAGAAGCAAGAGUCUGAGAAGGCAGCCCCUCUAGCGGCCGAGGAACCCAAGAAGGAAGAAGAGGUGAAGGAAGAGUCCAAGGGCAUGCCGUUUACCAAGCAGUUCUUCAUCUACUUCCGUCUGCUUUUCGCCGCCAAUCCGACAUGGUUCGACUACCUUCUCAUCAUCUUUGGCACCAUCACGGCCAUCGGUGCCGGUGUGCCAUUCCCUCUCAUGGGUAUCAUCUUCGGCCAGCUAGUUGAUGACAUGAACGAUGCCACCUGCGCUGCCGACGGAAUUACAAACGUCGACGCGUUCGCGUACGAGUCCGCCAUUAACCAAAAAGUUAUACAAACGGUCUACGUUGGUGCCAUCGCACUCGUCCUCAUUUACAGCUACAUCCUCUCUUGGAGCAUCAUCAGCCAGCGUCUCGCCCAGCGUCUGCGCACGCAAUACGUGUCUGCUUUAUUGCGUCAGCCGCCCUCCUACUUCGACAAGCGCGCUGCCGCUGGUGAGGUCUCUAGUCGACUCCACGGCGACAUUACGGCUAUUCAAUCCGGCACCUCCGAGAAGGUGGGCAUCGUCAUCUGUAGCUUGAGCUUCUUCGUAACUGUCUUCAUUAUCGCGUUCACGAAGCAGCCCAAGCUUGCCGGCAUGCUUGUUUCAAUGUUUCCGGCUUUCAUGCUCUCCUCCUUCGUCGGCGGUGGCUACAUCACGAGAAACGCCGGCCGCAUGAGUGAAGCAAUUGGAAAGGCUUCUUCCAUUGCCUCCGAAGCCCUGUCUCACAUUUCUGUUGUGCAGGCUUUCGGUGCUGGCCCCCGCCUUGAGGCUAAGUUUGCCGACCACAUGAUCACUGCUCGCAAGGCUGGUAUGAAGAAAGCUGCUGCCGCCGCUGUCCAAGCCGGUCUUCUCUAUUUCAUUGCGUACGCUGGAAACGCUCUUGCUUUCUGGCAGGGCAGUAUCAGAAUUGCCGACUCGAUGGCUGGACGUGGGGAUGGUGCAACCGUUGGUGAGAUUUAUGCAGUUGUUUACCUGCUCGUUGAUGCUUGCAUUAUGCUUGGUUCUAUCGCCCCUAUUCUGCCCCUUCUCGGAGGUGCCUCGGCCGCAUACCAACGCCUGUGGGAGGACAUCGAGGCUCCCUCGGAGAUUGAUGGCACCUCCGAGGAGGGCAAGGUUCUGCCUCUGGAUGAUCCUAAGGGAAUUGUGCUCCGCAACGUUACUUUUGAGUACCCAGCGAGACCCGGUCAGCCCGUCCUACGUAACGUCAACGUCGAGUUCCCAGCUGGCAAGUACACUGCUGUCAUCGGUCUCUCGGGCAGUGGAAAAUCCACCAUUGCCGCCCUCCUCGCCCGUCUCCAAGACCCGAAUCAGGGAGAGAUUCUCCUCGACGGCCACGAUAUCCGUGAGCUCAACGUUCGCAGCCUUCGAAGCUUCAUCAGCUUCGUGCAGCAGGAACCCUCUCUUCUCGACCGAUCAAUUCUUGAGAACAUUGCUCUUGGCCUCAUCAACUCUCCAAAGCCCGAACACCAGCGCUUGAGGCCCUAUCUCAGCGGUGGCCAGCUGGCGGAGCUUGCAUCCAAGGGCAAGGACGCUCUGUCAUCGGUCAACAGUUACGGCCCCGAGAUUCAAGAAAUUGUCGACCUCGUCCGCCAUGCGGCCGAGCAGGCGGAUGCUGCCACCUUCAUCAACCGCCUCGACGACGGCUAUGGCACCUCAGCCGGUCCUAGUGGUACUCUCGUCAGUGGUGGCCAGCGUCAGCGAAUCGCUCUUGCCCGAGCUCUGAUCCGUGACCCCAAGAUCCUGGUACUGGACGAAGCAACUUCCGCCCUUGACUCUGCUAGUGAGAAGCGCAUCCAGCGUGCUGUCGAGCAGGCCGCCACUGAGAACCGCACCAUCGUCUCCAUCGCUCAUCGGCUGUCCACGAUCCGCAACGCAGACAACAUCGUCGUUAUGGAGGCCGGUCAGGUUGUCGAGCAAGGUACAUAUACAGACUUGAUGUCGCGCGAGGACGGCGCUUUUGCCCGUAUGGCCAGGCUCCAAACUCUGGGUACUGCUGAUCGUGCACCUGAUGCUGUCUCCGCUUCUGGUGACUCCCUCGAUGCCUCUACCCUCAAGGAAGACCAAGCUAUCAACGAGAAGACCAACGACCCCGAUCAGCAUUUUGCUACCAAGAGCCUGAAGCAGACCAAAUCCGGUGACAAGGAAAGCAACGAGGAAAAGAAGAAGUCCGAGAUCGCCGGUCUGGAUGAGGAGAAGCCUUACAGCACUGUAUUCAAGGGUCUUGUCCGCCUUAUUAGACCCUCUUUGGCAUGGUUGAUUAUUGCCAUGAUUGCUGCCACCCUCGUGGGCGGUACGUUCACCGGCUCCGGUCUCAUCUUCGGUUUCACCGUUGGCGCCCUCAACCCAUGUGCCAGCACCAUCGAACACAUUCUUUCCAUGGGUCGUUUCUUUUCCGGCCUUCUGUUUGGUCUUGCCUGUAUCGAACUUUUCGCCAACUUCUUCGCCUGGUCCUGUUUCGGUGUUGUGGCUGAAAAGCUCCUCUACUCUGUGCGCGUCUUGUCUUUCCGCUCCCUGCUCGACCAGGACGUUCAGUGGCAUCAAUCAGACGGCCGUACCGCCUCCGGCCUGCUUACCAUUAUCACCAAAGAUAGUGCUGCCAUUGGUGGCUUCAGCGGUUCUACUAUCGGUACUGUGUUCGCCAUCUGCGUGAACGUCCUCGUUGCUGUGAUUUUGUCUCACAUCAUCGCCUGGAAGAUCGCACUCGUCUGCUUGGUCACUAUUCCCCUGCUUUUAGGCUCUGGUUUCAUGCAGCUGCGCAUGCUGGCUCGCUACGAAGAGCGUCACUCGGCUGCAUUCUCGACUGCCACUUCCGUGGCCACUGAGGCCGUACAGUCGAUCAAGACCGUUGCAGCCCUCUCUCUCGAGAGCCAGGUCAUGGACAACUAUGCUCGCCUCCUCGCUCCGCCUCAGAAACAGAUGGUUCGCGCGUCGGCUUCUACCAACAUCUGGUUGGCCAUCUCUAACGUCACCGGCACUUUUGUCAACGCUCUAGCCUACUGGUGGGGUACACAGCUCAUUAUGAGGGGCGAAUACACCCAGACUCAGUUCCUGAUCAUCUUGGUGGCAAUGCUUAUCAGCGCCCAGCUGUGGGGUACCAUGUUCUCCCUCGCCCCCGAGUUCUCGCGUGCUCGUUCCGCCUUGUCCCGCAUCAUGUCCGUCAUCAACCUCGGCAAGAACGAUGAUCUUAGCAAGACUGGCACUCAACCCAAGCAGAUUGCCGGAGACUCCAAGGCAGAAGAGGACGUUGAGGCUACCGGAGAAGUCAAAGCAAAAAGACCUAACGCCGGCGGUGUCAAAGUAACCUUCAAAAACGUCUCCUUCGCUUACCCCAGCCGCCGCGACGUCAAUAUCCUCGAUAAUGUUUCUUUCACCCUCCAGCCUGGUCAGUUCUGCGGUUUGGUUGGUCCUUCUGGAGCUGGAAAGUCCACCAUUAUGAAUCUUGUUCAGCGUCUCUACUUUCCCUCCCAUGGCCAGGUUCUUAUCGAUGGUUACGAUAUUUCCAACCUCCCCGACUCUUUCAGAGAUACCGUUGCUAUUGUUCCCCAGGACCCGACCCUCUUUGACGGCAGCGUUCGCUUUAACGUCGGUCUCGGCUCGGCACCCGACACUGAGGCUACUCAGGCCGAGAUCGAGGAGGCUUGCAAACUGGCCAAUAUCCACGACGUGAUCAUGGCUCUACCUGAAGGAUACGACACCGAAUGUGGUCCUUCUGCGUCCCGUCUGUCUGGCGGUCAGAGACAACGUUUAGCUAUUGCCCGUGCCCUCGUCCGCAAGCCGCGCCUGUUGCUUCUAGACGAAAGUACGAGCGCCUUGGAUGCCGCGAGUGAAGCAGCCCUCCAAGAGGGUCUCGAGCGUGCAUCCCGUGGUACAACUGUAUUGGCGAUUACCCAUCGCUUGCACACCGUCCACAAGGCCAACGUGAUUUUGCUGGUCGAGGGUGGACAGAUUGCCGACAGCGGAACGCACCAGGAGCUUAUGGAAAGAAGGGAGAGCUACAGAAUCAACGCCAUGCAGCAAAUGCUGCAAUAA